AUAAUAACCAUUGAGGCAGAAGCCUUGCCAGUUGAGGGAAAUAAGGAAGUUGGAAAUGUGAAAGAGGACGAGAAUAGGAAAGAACCAUUGUCUUUACUGCAUGUUGCUGAGCAAGAGAAAGUGCGAAAAUUGAUAUCACAAUAUCAAAAGAUAAGAGAAUUUCGAAAGAAGUUGGUGUCCAAAAGGAUGGGAAUGAGCAACCAAAGUGUUUCUGCCAUGAUGAGUUGCUGGACAAGGUAACCAGUUUGGAAAAUAAACUAGACCAACUCGUUUCGGUUAUAAAAAAUUCUAACAAGCAAACCAGAUCAGGAGUGCAAAAUUCCAGAGGAUAUAUUUAAUUGUACCGACCCAAUUACAUGUAGUUUCGACAGCUUUGAUGAAGAGUCGUCAACUGUAUUGCAAACUAUUUCGGAAGUUGCAUCUAUCUGUUCAAACAAUACUUUGCCAGGCAUGACUGCAACAAUAGCGGAGGAAAGAACUGUCAAUCUAAGAACAGCCUCAGUGAUUUCACCAUCAGUCUCAGUGAUUUCACCAUCAUCAGUCUCCGCAAUUCAACCAUCAUCAGUCUCCGCAAUUCAACCAUCUGUCUAUGAUGAAUUGUUCAAGAAAAGUUCGUCGAUUUCAAACUUUGCCAAAAAUCUUGUUUUUGAAUUGUUUGAAGCAGAAGAGCUUAAAGACUCUAACUGUUCAGGAGUGCACCAGAAAAAGUCACUGGAAAGAGAUCCACAUAUGGACUUAAUUAAGGAAAGUAUAUUAAUCUUUGUUAUAUUAGAAAAUCUUUGUAAUUAUUCUUUGUUAUAUUAG